CGUAUGUGUGGUUUCAUCUUUUAUUCGUGCAUUCUUUUUUCUUUGUAUUUUGCACUUGUAAGCAAUAUUUCAGGCACGUUCAUACCACUCAAUGGCAAUAACUUUGUUAGUGAGCUGCAGAGAGUAUUGCUAAGCGACUAUACCAGCUAUGGCUCAUAAAGGGGUCAUUUACAGAUUGAUAGUUCGGCUGCCCAAUCACCGAAUAAUAGGGAUGGUAACAAGGAAGCCUUAUGAGAAGACGCAAGUUUGCAGUUCACUAAGCGAAGAUGGCACAGAGCUUGGAAGUCACUUAAAUGAAAGCAAUAUAGUGACAGAGGCUGCUCUGCAUAUUACCGAUAAGUCUCAGGCGUUUCGUGUUUUCUUUCAGUCGUAGAAUGUAGGCUGACUGAGAUCACUUUUAUUUUUUAUCUAUUAAUUUAAUAAUAUGGGACAGACAAAAUACUAUCAACUUUGUUUUUUGGAAAAUUUACGUAAAAAAAAAUCGAAUUUGUACUUUUGUCAUGAAACGGAUGGAACGGAAAACUUUAUACAUUUAUUCCGAUACAAACAGAUCAUUUGUAUAACACGGAACCGUUGAACUUGUAUUUUAGUCAAGGGAAAUUUCCGAAUUGUGUCACUAUAGUUUGUAAAUUUUGUGAGCUGCCAUGUCAUCAGUUAUUACUUUAUUUGACCUGGUAAAUCUAUCAAUCGGAAUCGCAGACACAGGAUGCGUGAACUUCAGCGCGCUGCACACCCUCCUGCAUGCGAUCAUAACCCGACUUGACAUACAAGAUGCGACCACGCAGUGGACACAUGAGGAACCGAGGGGACAUGGCCCGACCGAGCGGCAAUUAUCUCCAGAUGGAGAAUCCAGAGAGUACCAUAACAUGGAAAACAAGCUUCGGGAUAUCGAGAGCAAGCUAGCCUUGUUAGAGAAGCUGCCAAGCGGGGCUGACCUCAUAGCCUGUACCAGUACCGGCGUCUCACCGGUCAACGAUAUGUGGCAGAUCAUGCAGCUUCGCCGAAGGGUUGAAGCCAACGAAGAUGGUGUGUCUAAGUCCAUGGCUCUGAUGCAGGACUUAAUGAAGGAGAUUAGUGAACUUCAGGCAUCCAGAAACCACUUACAGGAGGAGGUCAGGACUCUGCAGGGGCAGCUGUCACAGUUGAACAUGAAUGAACUGCUGGGAAAAGUGAAAAUUCUGGAACAGUGCUGCCACCAAGUGGAAGACUUGGAGAAAGUAUUGAGGGAGGUGCAGGAGACGGUGAGACUGUACCCUGAUCCAGAGGAGCUGACUCACUUCAUCACCUGGGAUGUUCUACAGGAUACCCUAGUGAGGGAGGACCAGCAGCUGUUGAAGUCGCUGGGGCCCCCCCCGGAACCGCCUGACUGCACGCUGCGUGAUGGUGACGGGCUCUCCCCUCGCCCACCUCAGCCCCACGCCAGGCUGCAGUCUCGCUUUAGCGUGGGGGCGGAACACUAUCCGGAGACAGUGAAUGCCCUGAGGCACGUGGGCCAGCUGAAGAAGCAGCAUGACUGCCUGGAGGAACGAGUGGCCCAGGUGGAGAAGGACAAAGCUGAGCGCUCGGACCUGCAGCACCUGAGGGAUCACUUCACAGGCAUAGUUAACCAGAAUGCACAUGAUGAUCUCCUGGAGCAGCUGAACUACAUGAAGGGUCUAGUGGAUGGAUUAAUGACUGACAGAAUGAAGAACUCCGAGCUGAUUGGCAUUGCGCAAGGGGUCAUGCUGAAACUGGAGGAAGAGUGCAAGAAGCUAGGCGACACAGUCUGCCACCUAGUGGAGGAUCAGGUCCAAACGCAAACUAACAUGGAUCAAAUGCACAAGUCUUUGAAACAUCUGGAAGAGAAGAAAGCAGACAAGGACCUUGUGGAAAUGAAGAUUGACAUUAAAGCAGACAAGAGGGCCCUGGAGUCGACGGUGAGCCGGGUGCAGUUUGACACCAUGACGGAGCAGCUCAGCUCCAUGUUUCAGGAGCUCCUUGGCAAAGUCACCGGCCAGGAGCAGGACUGGCAGAAUGUUGUGGAGAAGAUCUCUGCUGAGAUGGAGAGCAAGCUGAACCGCAUCGAGCUGGAUCCCCUAAAAGCACAGCUGGAGGAGCGCUGGAAGGCUAUUCGGACGCAGCUGCAGGCCCAGCCCACAGUAGAGCUGGACGACGCUGCUGGGUUUAGGAAACAGCUAGUGGCGCGAUUCCAUUGUAUUUCCUGUGACCGACCUGUUGACAUGUUGACCCCAGGGCCGCAGCUCAUCAGCAUUCCCUGUGCUCCUGGCCUGCCAUCCCACAAAUCCAACCGGCCGUAUACUGUAUACGAGCUGGAGCAAGUGCGUCAGCAUUGCCGAAGUGAGCGGAUUCCUGAGAUGGCGGACUACAGCUACCUGCCGGUGUCCAGAAACUGCGGCGGCAGCCACACCCUCGCUCUAGCCAGCCGGCGCUACACCCGUUUGCAACACAUCACCCAUUUCAUGCAGUCAUCAUCUGAAGCACAGUCCUCACCCAGACCAACUUUGCCUGCUCAGGCAGAAGAGGUGGAUAUUCUUGGCCUGAACGGACAAGUCUACAAGGGCCGUCUGGCUACAAGAACAGUGAAGAACAUGGAUCCCGGGCUGCCAACCAUUAUCCCUAAAGAAGGUACUUGCAGAGGCACAGAGAAUGUGACCAGGUCACAGUCACAAAAACUCAACCUUGUCAAGGGAACGUCCAGGACUAUGGCACGUCCUCACAGUGCCAGGACAUAUCGCAGUCAAUCAGCCUUGUCCUGCCCUGGAAGGGGACGCCCUACGUCCUCCUCAGCACGUCUGUCCCACACCACAGUGUCCCAGUCCACACUCCCGGUAGAUAAUGCCAAUGAGAUCCAGCAGAGGUUGGAAAUUCACAUGGACCAUCUUCAAGUCCAAGAGGGAGAAGUGACUGGUGGAAAACGCACUUAAUUUCCUUUCUCAAAGCUGUCCUGAUUGCUCACUGGGUUCAUGCAUUUAUGAUGACAGGAUCGCAAGACCAGAAAUAACACACAAUCCAGCCAUUAAUUUUAAUAAACACAAAUUGCUGCAUGGAUGGCAGGUUGUGCAGGUCUAAAGUAUAAGAAUCCAGGCAGGUUGGCAGAUAAACAGUGUGACAAUCUCUAAAUUUAGUACUUUUUAACUUCAGUAAAGACAUGUGCACUUGAAAUCACUAUUGAAAAGAUCUAGCUGUACAGCGCCUUGAAAAAGUAGUCAGUACCCCAAACUAUUUUUUGUUUUGUCUAUGAUUCUACACUUGCAGUGUUUUUCAAGCUGAUCUACAAAAGUGUAAAUCAUUCCAAAAGAAACAAAUUCACAAACCUUUCAACAAUUUACAAAAAAAGCAAAAAAAAGGAAAAAUAUGUAUGACCUUUGUAACUAUGAGGAUAACUUUACUCAGGUGCAGUGUAUUACCUUAUGAACUCGCUCAAUUUGGUUACGGUCUCCACCUGUUUAGGAAAUGGGUGGAUUACCUGUUCCCAACUUAUUAAUGAAGAUAAAUACGCAGUUUCUUACUGAGGUCCAACAGUAUGAUGGGGAUUUUCAUCAAAGCAGACCACAAUAAAGACAAAUGAGUUUUCAAGACAAGUUGGGGCUAUUAUUAUGGAGAGAGAUAUGGGGGGUAACGUAGGUCAUCUGAAAUGCCCCGAACAUCCCUCAGAGCUCAGUGCAGUCCGUAAUAUGGAAGUGGGGAAAAUGUAAAACUACAGCCACACUGCCAGGCUGCCUCUGUAGACACCAACAAGAAUGGCACUUGUCAGAGAAGCUACUGUGACACCUACUGUCACUCUGAGUUGCAUAAGUCAGUGAACGUGAUUGGAGAUGAAGUUCACACAUCAACACAUCUCCUAGGCAUUGCACAAACAUUGGGCAUUGCCCAGACUGGGGAAGGAAAAGAAAAAAUCAUGUCCUUGCCUGUAAAGAAUUUGCAAAACGUCACUAGAAAGAUAUGGCAGAAAGUCUUGUGGGUUAAUGAGACUAAUGCGUAACCUUUUGGCUUAAACUCAAAGCAUUUGUGUUGCGGUGUAAAUCUAACAGUGCACAGGAGCCAGGAAACACAAUCCCCGCUGUAAUAUGUGGUGGAAGCAUCGUGGUGUGGGGAUGCUUUUCAACAGCAGGGUCCAGGUCAGGAUUGAUGGAAAAUCAGGAUCUCUGCAAAAUACAGAGAUCCGGAAACAAAGCUUGCUCCUCUCUGCCAGAAAGCUUACACUGGAGAGGAGCCCGACCCAAAGCACACUGCCCUAGCAACAAUGGAGUGGCUUAAAAUGAAGAAAAUUGAUGUCCUUGAGUGGCUCAGGCAGAGUGCUGACCUUAACCUCAUUGAACAUCUGUGGCGAGACCUAAAAGCUGUCUAGCGAAUUCCCCAUUUACCCUGGCACAGCUUGAGUGAUUUUGCAAGGGGGAAUGGGCAAAUCUUGCUCCAUCACAUCAUAUAAAAUGAAUAAACUUCAAAUAUAUAUUACAUACAGCUGCAGAAAAGAUUAAGAGACCAAAGGACAAUGUGUGUGUCUGCGAAUAACAUUUUUAUUUUUUUGCAAUCUGCAGCCUGGUUCUUCUCUGUUUCCCAUUAAUGAAGGGCUUCUUCUUUGCGUUAAGGGACUUAAGUCCUGCUUCUAGGAGCCUAAUACGAACCAUCCUUGUAGUGCAUUACACACCUGCACUUAAUGUUUGCCAUUCUUUUUGAAGGUCACUUAAAGUCAUCGUACAAUUCACGAGAAACUGUUGAAUAAGGUAACAGUCAUCUCUGGCAUUAGAAAGUUGCUUCUGCCCUUUACCUGGCUGGUUUCUGGUCGUUCCCAGUGUCUCCUGCUUCACCUUGCUCUUGAGUAUUGCACUCUUAGAAAUUUUGAACCUGGAGCAACCUGCUGCUCAGCGUAGCCUUCUGCCAGCAGAACCAGGAUUAAACCGGGAUUUUAAAAAUGCAGACUUGUUUCAAAAUAUAUACAGUGGUCGGUCUCAAUUUUUCCCACGGCUGUGUGUAUGUGUGUGUAUAUAAUCAAUAAGAGAAUUACCAAAAUAAUUUGUGCAUCAUCAUGUUAGAUGUUUCUAAAUACUGCAGUGAAAAACACAGGCAAAUACAUUCAAUGGAAACUGGACAAAGUAAUUUAUUUCAUAGAUAUUUUUUGACCAAAGAGCACCCUAGAUUAGAUUAUCUCUAAAAAAGGAUUUAGUAAUGAAAGUUCAGAUGUAAAUAACUGCAGGCAAUGUUUUAGCUGCUUGCGUGCUGCAUGUUAUGCACAUGUAGGUCCUUCUAUGAAUGUUUUCUCCUGUUACUAUUAAGUGUAUAUGUAAUUCUACAUAACUGCAGCUUUUGUGGCUGGGUCACACUGGGAUACAACCUGAACUGCAGUAACGUUGUUUUCAUUAUAGAUGGCACAAAAAUAUCCUACGUCUUAAUAAUUUGUUC